CGAAAGGCAGCAGUGGUGGAAAAAAAGGUGGAGAUUCGGAUGUAUGCUGGUCUUCCAAUCACCAUGCCCUGCGUAAAGCCAAGCAACAGCGAAAAAUGCGAGUGUCCGACGAAAAAAGGGAGGAGCGAGAAAGGCGGACAGCAGUUCUUACACGUGGUUCGAAACAAAAGCGUGAAGAGGGGAAAAAUCGAUUGCACAUGAAACAUACUCAGCGGAAACUCGAUAAGCUGAAAGAGAGACUUGAAAAGUGGGAUGACAUAGAGGAAGCGUUGUUACUGAAAAAGGAAGAAGAGGAGAGACGACAGAAAGAAAAGGAGGAACUUGAUCCUCCAAAAAAGAAGGGAAGGAAGGGACCAGAAAGUUGGAAACUGAAGGGUGCUGCGAGACCAGCUCACUUGGUUUACGAUUUUGAUACGAGAUACGUCGAUCCCCACAUGAAAGCUCACGAAGAAGCCAAGAAAAAAGCAUCUAGAUGCCGAAAUAUCUUUGUUCUCUGCAAAGGUAGAUUUGGUAUUGAAAACGACAAGGAUGUGCCACAACCUCACUGUCGGGAAUAUUUAUCCUUAUUGAUGCAGCUCGGAAAUCUGUCGAUGCACUCGAAACAAUUGAAAACCGCAAGAAAAAGUUUUCUAGAAUGCAUGGAACUAGAUUCGUCGGAAAGUCCCAUCACACCCGCCAGGUGCCAGCUGAUGAGGUUGUACAUGGAAGCAAAUAGACCCGAUUCGGCAAGACGUCUAUGGGAAAAGCUUUCACCCACCGAUCCAUCUGUUUGGAUUCGGUAUUCUGCGGUGCUGAUUGAAUAUGUAAGCUUCAAUCUACUCGAAGAAGAAGGGAGUAGCGAACAAAAUUGUAUAGAUAGGAUGGUAGAAGCGAUCAAGUCCAAUAUAUUUUGUGCGUAUUAUAUUGCUUUCUUUGAUGAUUUCUACCAAGUAAUGGAAUACGUUGACGAGAUCGAGGAUGCCCACGAAAGCUCUCCGUUAGAGGAGGCAAUAGAAUACUGUAAUAGCGAGCAACUAGGCGCAUGGAAAGGGACAGAGGGGGCAAUGGAAUGGGCAAAACGCUUCUUGCUUCGUCUCGUGAACGACGAGUCUACUCACGGAAGGUAUGGUAUAUCUGCAUCCGACUUGGACUGGCGAAAAGCGAUAUCAGACACACGAGAGAUGCAUCCAUCGUCGUCUUCUGUUGAUAGCGACGACGAAUCUGUCGUGGAUGUUGAAAUGUAUUCAAAUAUGUUUGAGACGGCUAUGGAAAUGCUCGAAGAUUCUGGCGCUCUGAAAAGUAAAAUAUGACUGUUGCGGUCCAGUAAAAA